GCGGUGACGAAACAUCGGGUCGUUUUGCUAUAUAAGCCAAGCCCACACCACGCUUGUGUUAUCCUAUUCCCAACAUAAUAGAAUUGUAGCAGAAGAAGAAAGAAAACCCUAGCUCACCGUUUCAAGAUGCAAAUCUUCGUUAAGACUCUCACCGGUAAGACCAUCACUCUCGAAGUAGAGAGCUCAGAUACCAUUGAUAAUGUGAAAGCCAAGAUUCAAGACAAGGAAGGAAUCCCACCGGACCAGCAACGUCUCAUUUUUGCUGGCAAACAGCUUGAGGAUGGUCGUACCCUUGCUGAUUACAACAUCCAAAAGGAAUCCACUCUCCACCUGGUGCUCCGUCUCCGUGGUGGAAUGCAAAUCUUUGUGAAGACGUUGACGGGAAAGACAAUCACCCUUGAGGUAGAAAGCUCCGACACCAUUGACAACGUCAAGGCCAAGAUUCAAGACAAAGAGGGUAUUCCACCAGACCAACAGAGGCUCAUCUUUGCUGGAAAGCAACUUGAAGACGGCCGAACCUUGGCUGAUUACAAUAUCCAAAAGGAGUCUACCCUACACUUGGUGCUGCGUCUUCGCGGUGGUAUGCAAAUCUUUGUCAAGACCCUCACCGGAAAGACCAUCACCCUUGAGGUGGAAAGCUCUGACACUAUAGACAAUGUCAAGGCCAAGAUUCAAGACAAGGAGGGUAUCCCACCAGACCAGCAGAGGCUCAUAUUUGCCGGAAAGCAACUAGAAGAUGGCCGAACCUUGGCAGAUUAUAACAUUCAGAAAGAGUCAACUCUCCAUCUUGUCUUGCGACUCCGUGGUGGUAUGCAGAUUUUCGUCAAGACCCUUACUGGAAAAACAAUUACUUUGGAGGUGGAGAGUUCAGACACGAUUGACAAUGUCAAGGCCAAGAUACAGGACAAGGAGGGCAUUCCUCCAGACCAGCAAAGGUUGAUUUUUGCUGGAAAGCAGCUUGAGGAUGGACGUACUCUGGCUGAUUACAACAUUCAGAAGGAGUCCACUCUUCAUCUUGUACUUCGUCUGAGGGGAGGCAUGCAGAUCUUCGUGAAAACUUUAACAGGGAAGACUAUCACUUUGGAAGUUGAAAGCUCAGAUACAAUUGAUAACGUCAAGGCAAAAAUCCAGGACAAGGAAGGAAUCCCACCAGAUCAGCAGAGGUUGAUCUUCGCAGGGAAGCAAUUGGAGGAUGGCAGGACUCUUGCUGAUUACAACAUUCAGAAAGAGUCCACCCUUCACCUGGUAUUGCGUCUUCGUGGUGGGUUUUAAGUCUGAUUAUCUUCUCAAGGUCCCUUGUUGAUUUGGUGAAUUAUGUGCAAGUGUAGCUGCUCUUUUUUUUUUUCUCUUUCGGUUUUUUAUGUUCCUGAACUAUCCGAAAUUGUGCCGACUCGGGUCAUAGCUGCCUUUGAAUCUGUACAAUUUGCUAUCCUGUUAUAUUUUCAGUACCUUGUUCUAAUUGGUUGUUUUAGUUCUGCAUACGUUAUCAUUACCGUGCUACUAAAA